AUGGCAUCCUAUCAAUUAUCAAUUGACAAACUUUUACGUUUAGCUUUCGUUGCACUUAUUAUCUUGAUUAUAUACCUGUUUGCUAAUGAUUUUAAUAAAUUGAAUUUGGAAAAGAAUCAAGAAAAAUUGAUUCCAUUUCCAGAUUUUCCAAUUAAAAAGAUAGAUGCCGGUCAGGGAGAAGACAUUUGGAUUUUAAUUGAUACAAAUAAACUAUAUCAUUGGAGUACGAUCUUACAUCAUUUUCUAGAAAAGCAAGAAAAUGUUAUAGAUUUUGCUGUCGGUAAAGAUGGAACGGUCGUUUGUGUUUUUAGUAAUAAUGAAAUUGCUGUUAGAAAUUUAAAUACAAAUUGGUGGUAUAGAAUAGAUGAUGGAAAACACACGCAUCAAACCAUUUCGAUCUGUGAUUACAAUAAAAUAUUGACAACGAAUGGAAAUAACGAUAUAAUUGCUAGCAUUUAUGAUGCUUCUAAUCCCGAAAAUAUUGACACAUACAAUUGGACAAUUCUUUCUUGUGCCUUUCGUGAUGAUUCUUUAUGGAUUAGAGGUAGUUAUCAAUAUGCUUAUCGAUACAUAAAUAAACAUAAACACAUUCCUAGAUCAGAAGUUCCAUUUAAACAAAUUAAAGCUCUAACUGAAUAA